UUUGUUAGAGGUUCAUUCACUAAACUUCUUGCUUGGUAGAAGGAGGUAAAGUCCUCAGAGAAGAAGCAAUGUGGCAGAGAGACAAGGAGCCCACCUAACAGAUCUCAAGAAACCUGCCUCAGCGGCCCACUGCCCACCCUACCCUUGAACCUGGUGAGCACAUACCUGUUGGCAGUAACUGACUGUGGCUAAUUUUCAUCUGCUUCUUGGGACAGAGACGAUGGUUAAGGUAGCUGCUGAGUCCUGGACCUGCCUCUUCACCACGCCCCAUCACCUGUCUGCAAGGAGAAGACAUGGGGACUCCUCCACCCAAGGUGAAAGGGCCCUGGACCCACCUCCAGAAACUUCUGACCUCAUGGAUGUUCAGAGAGAAAGACUGGGAUCAGCAGCUGGAUGAGGCCCACAUGCUGCAACAGAAGAGGAUUCAAGAAUCUCCACUACUUCAGGCUGCCAAGGACAAUGACCUUUGUGUCUUGAAGAAACUCCUGCUAGACAGAAGCUGCGACUUACGGCAAAGAGGAGCCCUGGGAGAGACAGCACUGCACAUAGCGGCCCUCUAUGACAACCUGGAGGCUGCCAUGGUGCUGAUGGAGGCCGCCCCGGAGCUGGUUUAUGAGUCCACCCCCUGUGAGCCAUUUGUAGGUCAGACUGCACUGCACAUGGCCAUCAUGAACCAGAAUGUGAACUUGGUGCGAGCCCUGCUAGCCCACGGGGCAUGCGUCUCUGCCAGAGCUACAGGAACAGCUUUCCGCCUCAGCCCCCACAACCACAUCUACUUUGGGGAGCAUCCUUUGUCCUUUGCUGCCUGCGUGGGCAGUGAGGAGAUCGUGCGUCUGCUCAUUGAACAUGGAGCUAACAUCCGGGCACAGGACUCCCUGGGAAACACAGUGUUGCACAUCCUCGUCUUCCAGCCCAACAAGACCUUUGCCUGCCAGAUGUACAACCUGCUGCUGUCCUAUGAUGGGCAUGGGGGCCACCUGCAGUCCCUGGACCUUAUACCCAAUCACCAGGGUCUCACCCCCUUCAAGCUGGCUGGAGUGGAGGGCAACACUGUGAUGUUCCAACACCUGAUGCAGAAGCGGAAGCACAUCCAGUGGACCUACGGGCCGCUGACCUCCACUCUCUAUGACCUCACAGAGAUCGAUUCCUGGGGAGAAAAGGUGUCCUUUCUGGAGCUCGUGGUCUCCUCUAAGAAGCGGGAGGCUCGCCAGAUCCUGGAACAGACCCCAGUGAAGCAGCUGGUGAGCUUCAAGUGGAGGAAAUAUGGGAGGCCCUACUUCUGCAUUCUGGGUGCCUUGUAUGUGCUCUACAUGAGCUGCUUCACCAUGUGCUGUGUCAACCGCCCCCUCAAGAAUUGUAGCAGCAAUCGUACAGAUUCCCGAGAUAUCACCCUUCGGGAACAGAAGCUGCUACAGGAGGCCUAUGUAACUGAACAGGAUAAAAUCCGGCUGGUGGGGGAGCUGGUGACCGUCGUCGGGGCUCUAAUCAUGCUGAUCCUAGAGAUCCCAGACAUCUUCAGGGUUGGUGUCUCUCGCUAUUUUGGACAGACUGUCCUUGGUGGGCCAUUCCAUGUCAUCAUCAUCACCUCUGCCUCCCUAGUGCUGGUGACCAUGGUGAUGAGGCUCUCCAACACCAGAGGGGAGGUGGUGCCCAUGUCCCUCGGUCUGGUACUGGGCUGGUGCAGCGUUAUAUACUUUGCCCGAGGAUUCCAGAUGUUGGGUCCCUUCAGCAUCAUGAUUCAGAAGAUGAUUUUUGGAGACUUACUGCGUUUCUGCUGGCUGAUGGUUGUGGUUAUUCUGGGAUUUGCCUCAGCGUUCUUUAUCAUUUUCCAGACAGAGGACCCAAAAAAGCUAGGGGAAUUCUAUAACUACCCCACAUCACUGUUCACGACCUUUGAGCUUUUCCUCACCCUCAUCGAUGGCCCUGCCAACUAUGACGUGGAUUUGCCUUUCAUAUACCACAUCACCUAUGCGGCCUUUGCCAUCAUCGCCACACUACUUAUGCUCAACCUGUUCAUAGCCAUGAUGGGUGAUACUCACUGGCGAGUGGCUCAAGAGCGCGAUGAGCUCUGGAGGGCUCAGGUUGUGGCCACCACCGUGAUGCUGGAGAGAAAGAUGCCUCGCUUCCUGUGGCCUCGCUCUGGGAUCUGUGGGUACAAGUACGGGCUAGGGGACCGCUGGUUCCUGCGAAUCGAGAGCCUCCAUGAUCAAAAUACGUUGCGAAUGCUUCGCUAUGUGGAAGCUUUCAAGUCCUCAGAUAGGGAGGAUGAACAUCUUUCUGAGAAACAUCUCUCUGUGGUUGAAAAUGGGACUCGAGCCAGAGGCUCUCUGACCCUCCCAACGCCCUCCCUGUCCCGGACCACAUCCCGCAGCAGCAGUCACCGGGGUUGGGAGAUCCUUCGUCGCAACACCCUGGGACACUUGAAUCUUGGACUGGAGCUUGGUGAGGGUGAUGGAGAGGAAAAUAUGUAUUUAUGAUUAGAACUCCUGUUGCUCUUGACAUAGCUCCAGGUGGCCUGGGUGGGAAGCAGGGAGAGAGGCACUUUCCUAUACAAGUAUCUAACUUCCAUGCUGUUAAUAAUGGGAGGGGAUGGACAGAAUAAUAUUUGAAGGUCGUGUCUCAAACUUCAUCUAAGCAUUUCUGGAGAUGGGCAAUAGGCAAGUGUUGUCCGACACAUCUUCUGAAAGCCCUACAUCUUAGGAAAAGAAGGUUUUGUUUUGUUUUUAGCAAAGUUGGGCUUGGCCAUCAAAGACAUGAAAUAGGGAUGCUAGACUAAUAAUAUCUGGAUCAUCUCUUUGCUUCUUGAAGGUACUGGAAAGUAGUAAGCUGUGUAGCCUGCCUGGAUCCACAUGCUGAAUGUGGGAAAAGACAGGCAUGGCCCUGAGGUUGUGGCUCUUCCCUUUUUCCUAUAGCCCUGAAGGGCUCUCUCCCCACGUAGCAACCAAACCCCAACUAGAAGACUGUGAGAAAAAAGGUUCUUCAUCCUUGCUUUAUUUUUUUAAUUUAUUGUGGUAAUAUACACAUAAAAUGAUGACUUUAAUCAUUUAUAGGUAUACAAUUCCAUGGCAUUAAUUAUAUUCACAUUGUUGUUCAACUAUCACCAGUAUUUAUUUAUAGAACAUUUUCAUCAUCUUAUGGUGAAACUCUUAUACCCAUUCAACAUUAAUUCCCCAUUAUCUGCUCCCUAGAGCCCCUGAUAAUUAAUGUUCUACUUUCUUUUAUAAAUUUGACUACUCUAGGCACCUCAUAAAAGUGAAAUCAUACAAUUAGUUCUAUUGUAUCUGGUGUAUUUCACUUAGCAUAAUGCUUUCAAGGUUCAUUCAUGUUUUAGCAUGUAUAAGAAUUUCAUUCUUUUUAAAGACUAAAUUAAUUUAAUUGUAUGCAUAUACAAAUUAUGUUUAUCGAUUCAUCAUGGUUGGACAUUUGGGUUGUUUCCACCUUUUGACUAUUAUGAGUAAUACUGUUACAAAUAUUAGUGUACAAUUAUCUAAGUCCCUGGUUUCAAUUCCUUUGGGUACACACAAGUGGAGUUGCUGGAUCUUACUGUAAUCUUUGCCUAAUGUUUUGAGAAACUGCCAUAUUCUUUUCCUCAGUGGAUGUGCUCUUUUACAUUUCCUCCAGCAAUAUACGUACAGUGUUCCAAUUUCUCCACAUCCUCAUCAACACUUGUUACUUUUUGUGUUGUUAUUGCUGUUGUUGUUAUUGAGAGUAGGCAUCCUAAUAGAUGUGAAGUGGUAUCUUAUUGUAAUUUUGGUUUGCGUUUCCUUAAUGCCUAAUGACAUUGAAUACCUUUUUGUGUGCUUGUUGACUACGUGUAAAUCUAUUUUUUUUUUAGAAAUGUGUAUUGACGUCCUUUGCCUAUGUUUCAAUUGUGUUGAUUUUUUUUGUCUUUGUUUCUGAGUUCCUUGAUUUUUGAGGCUCAGAGUGUAAAGUGUUUGUAUCUUGUUUGCAUCAUGGUGUGUGUUUUUAAGUAUGUGUGUCAAAUAAUGCCUUUCAAUGCUUGAAUGGCCCAAACAUUUCUUUUAUGGGAUUCUCCCUAGUCUGUCCCUCUGGUAGCUCUUUAGCAGUUGACCAACCUUGUGACUAGAGGUAGCUCCCAGCUAAGUCUCCUGCCAUCCCCAACUCCCUUUGCCCCUUUGCUGAGUUGUUGGGUGGAUGACAAUAAUAGAAGAGGGGCCAUCCCUCUUCAGGAAGGACAUUGAUAACUGGGUGUCAGGGUGCUCAUUAUAGGAACUCAGGUGUAGCCUCCCUCUUGACUCCAGCCCGUUCCUUCUCAUCUUAGCCCCAUCAUCUCCCUCACCAAAAAACCAUAAUAACUUUUAAGAGGACUAUAGUCUAUAACAGCAAAGAGAUAUGUGGGAUUUGUGAAACCAUAAACAGGUUCACCCAGAUACUCAUGCAAAGCAAGGAAUAGUAUGGGAUGGUGAGGGGUCACAUGAGUGAGCAUGCAUGCACACACUCACACACAUGGAGGGUACAAAGGUGGUAUGGGUUCUUAAAGUGUUCAGUCAAUCACCAUGAUCCCUUGUAUUUUCUUUUACCUUGGAAGUAUGUCCUCCCCUGUUGACAGCUAUAUUCCCACCUGUGUUCCAGAUUCAGUUUUCUUUCUGUCUCUUCUGUCAUCUGUGCCUAUCACUUUUUUCUCUAAUGUUCUCAUGUGUGUAUCUUCAACCCCUCCCUCCCUACUAGUUCUAGUCAGCAAAUAACCGUGCUCUAUUCUUUUCCAUCUUCAAACAAGUUGCACCUCCACCUCACCACCGCCUUUUAGCUAUGACUGCCCCACCUUUUUUCUCUCCCUUUCUCUUCAGGGCCAAAUUUCUUAAGAGAAGACUCCAUUUUCCACUGACCUUACACAGUUUCCUCAAUCCAUUGUGAUGUGACCUUAUCUCUCCAUGCUACUGAUAUCACUCUCAUCAAGGUUAUCUAUCUAACUGUAGUUAAAUCCACUGAAAUACUCAGUCUUGCUUGAACUUUCUCUAGCAUCUGUCAGAUUAUAGGCAACCUCUCAGCAUAUCCACAGCCACAUACUAUACCACCCUAUCUGCUUCUCUUCACCAAUCCCUUCAAUAUUUUCUGUCCAUAGGCUCUGUUUUUCCCACCACCUGGGCAGUCCCAUCCACCUCGUAGAGUGCAUUAGCAUGCACAUGUUUGUGAUUCCCAAUCCCUUAUCUUCAAUUUAGAUAUGUCUCCCAAGCUCCAGGCAUGAACAGCUUGGAUUCCUAUCUAUUGCACAUCUGUACCUAGAUAUUUUACAGACAUCUCAAAUUCAACAUGUCCCAAACUGAACAACUUUUCUUCCUCACCAAACCUGCUCCUCCGCCAAUGUUUCCAACCAAAUCAAAGUUGCCCAAGUCAGAAUCCUUGGUGCUAUCUACAUCUGUCUCAACUCUCAUCUCUUGUGGAUUCUUUGCUUAAAACACCUCCUUUGAAAAGUAACUAGUAGUGAUUAAUAAUGCAUCACAUGGUACAAAAUUGAGAGAGCACACAAGAUAUACAGGGGUGGGGAGAAGCUUUUCUACCUCUGUCCCAGCUCUUCUGGUGUUCUUUCCAGUGGCAUUCACUUAUAAACGUUUGUUAUUUAUCCUUCCAAAAUUACUCUCUGCAUAUCCAAGCAUAUGUAUGUAUGUUCCUCUUAAAAAUACAUAUAAUAGCCCAGCCAGUGUGGCUCAGUGGUUGAGCAUCAACCUAUGAACCAGGAAGUCACAGUUCAGUUCCUGGUCAGGGCACAUGCCCAGGAUUUUGGGCCUGAUUCCUAGUAGGGGGUGUGCAGGAGGCAUCCGAUAUUAUAUGUACAUAAAUACAUAUAACAGAACAGUAUAUUAGGAAAACAGUCCUUGCUUUUCUCAUUUAAUAUAUUUUGAAGAUUGUUCCAUGACACUAUGACAUAAAAACAACCCCUUUCAUUUGUCUCUGCCUCUCUGAAUCCCACUGGCAUUCUAAAAUGGGCCACUGUUAUCUCUUGCCUGCAUCACGGGAUUAGGUUCCUAACUGCUCUCUCUGCUUAUAGUGCACACUACAGCCAAAAUGACCUUUGUAAAAUGCAACUUUUGCCUCAAAGGGUGGUCUUCUGAAAGCCCUUCCAUGAGCCGACCCCUGGCAACUUCUUCAGCCUCCUCACAUAUAUCUCCUCUUGCACUCUGUCACCAAGCUAAAUUAUUAUAUUAUUAUUAGUUACUCCAUGGUGCUAUAUUCUCCUUAUCCUUGACCUUCACAAUUUGUGGACCUUUCUGCACCUAUUCCCCCUUCUGUCUUUGUAACUCGUGUUCAUCCUACUGGUCUCAAUGAUCAUACACUGAUUGUGUGUUUGUGUGUGGGGGGGUGGUGUUCCUAACACAUAGGCUGGGCUAGAGUCCACCUGCUCUAUGUUCUCAGGCCAUCUAUUUUUUCUUUUUAUUAUGCAUCCUGAACUUUAUUGUACUUACUUGUUUAAAUGUCCAUCUUCUUUAGUGGAUUCUAAGGCAAAGAUGACGUCCAUCUCAUUCAUCACUGUGUUGCCAAUGCGUGGCAUAAUUCCUGGUACAACGAAGUGGAAAAUAAAUAUCUAUUAACUCAAUCUA